AAAGUUGCACAUGGGGACAGUUUUUACAUUUUACAAACACGUCACAUACACUGAAUGACAGUGAAAGAGUUUUUCCCCAGUUAAUUUAUUAGAAAAAUGGACUAGUAAAACUCAAAGGGAUGUCUCCUCCACACCGAGAGAGGGUGUGCAUCGGUUGAUUUCAGGUCCUUCCCACUGCAAUCACCUCUCGCCUUGACCAGAACGAGGGGCAGCAGUGAGCGAACAGAUGUCGGGAUGUGACUAUCAGCGGAGGAAUUGAAGAGCUGGUAAUCAUGCAGGUGGAAAGAAUGCCCGAAAUAAACAAAUAAAUAAGGUAGAAACGAGGAGGCUGUGGAUGCAGAUAACGGUGCGGCGCAACACCCAUCAGUGUGAUUUACUGUCCAGUUGGCGCUGGUGGUGUUGGUGGCGGAUUAAUAACCAGUCAUAAAGAAGUGGGGGAUUGUGUGUUGCAGGAGGACGAGAGUGAAGGCACUGAUAAAGGAAGGAAGAGGGAGGAGGAGUGUGUAAAAAGGGAGAGAGAGAGGAGUAGAUAAAGCCGUAGAGUGAUCAUGAGUGUUCCACCGCCUUACGGCUCACUGUCAGCUCGGUCGAGUCCAAGCAGACGAGCUUUGGACUGGGAACACGAGCAUCUGGCGGUGCGACGACUUUCCUCUCCACGGGGUCUCGACCUGCUUACUCCACCUCCUCUUCCUCAGCGACCCUCUGCGAUCCCUGGCUAUCUGCUUUCACCAUACCAAGAGCAGGAGGAGCAGCUCCAUCAACAGCAGCAGCGAUUAUCCUUGUCUGUCUGCUCAGAGGCCUCCCUGGCGCCACCUGUACCUCCACCUGUGGGUACUUCCCCACCCUGUUGCCGCCCAGUGGGAGUCAUGCACCUCCUGCGCCUGGGUCUCAUGGCCUUCAGCUGCCUCUUCUGGGCAGCCGGCCUGGCCAUCUUCACCCUGGGUGUGUGGGCACAGAUUUCACUGGCAGACUUCAUGCUCCUUUCUGCCAAUCGCUACCCAAACGCCCCAAUCAUCCUUCUGUCCACAGGUGCUGCCAUCACCGCUUGGGGCUUCCUGGGUUGUCUGGGGGUGGCUGCAAACCUGCCCUGCGUUCUUAGGGCUUAUGGGUUCUUUCAACUUGCUGCACUUAUUGCCGGUUUGGCUGCUGGACUCUCAGGUCUCUUCUAUCGUGAAGACAUUGCCGGAGGAUUUCGCAGCGGCUUACUGCGAGCGGUGGCCGGAUACACAGAGGAUGAAGGCCGUGCUGAUGCAUUAGACAGCCUGCAGAGGGCCCUGGAGUGUUGUGGAGCUGAGGGUUGGCGUGACUGGCUCACUUCAGACUGGGCUAUCCAGCAUAUGACCUUCCUGCCCGCAGAGAACGGCACCUCGUUGUCCCUGCCGGACAGCUGCUGCAUGAGGCGUAAGGGCUGCAAGAAUCGGCCACUUCUGUCAGAUGAUAACGAAGGAGUGGCAGCUGCAGGAAUCCAUCCACACGGCUGCUUCCGCAAAGUUUUCAGUUUGGUCAACGACAACGUCUUCCACAUUGCCGCCACUGUGUUAGGACUGGCCUUCACCCAGAUAGGAGGAAUUGCGCUGGCUUGUCUGCUGGCCAACAAACUGGCCCCAAGACAGCAGCAACGUGUGGUGGCACAUUAAUGGUCAAUUAAAAAAACAGGCAAACUAACCUGGAUUGACGAAUUUGUAAAUAAUUAGGAUUGGAAACUAUGGAGUAAUAGAGUUGCGAAGUGGCAAAUUAUCUCAGACAUCUUGAUAAAUUUUAUGCCUAGACAAUGCUCCUCAAACUUCGCAACUCUUACACUCAUAGUUUGUCUGACUUUGUCUUCUGCACAAUUUCAAGAAAGGCGUCUUUGAUUCAGUGCGGGUGGGAGGAAUGUGUGACACAAGAGGUGUUUCCUUAAGUUAAGCUUCUGUCCAUUUGAUACCUGCAAAGGGGAAGUCGGGCAUCACAAAUUUGGGGGGGACCAGAUUGGGCAGCAGACUGUAAAAAAUAUAGCAGAACAAGCUCCCUGAUUUUGCUAAAUGAUUUUGUUUCAGAAAUGUUUCAAUAUUGGCAUGGAUAUAUAAUAUGCUUCAUUAUAAUAGAAUGUAUUAAAAAUUACAUAUUAAAAACAAUUAUUUAUGGUUAAACUACUCAUUUUGGUUACUUCCAGCAGUACAUCUCUCCACUGAAUGCACAGGAAUGCUCACCAGCAGAUUUCCACUUCAGUUGAUUUAGUCUGGCUGUGUUCAGCAGAUGUUUGUAUCUACUUCAUUUAGUUUUCCCAUCACAUAGACUACACUGUGCUAGAAUGGUGCUUUUGAAAAGAACUUAAUAAUCUAUUGCUGUGUGAUAUUUUGUGCUGUUUAUCUGAGAGGCUGUAGUAAUUUCUACUCUGUUGAGGUACUUUGGUAAGAUAUUGACUGCUUUAAAAAUUCUUCCAGAUGUCUCUAUGUUGCUAGAGUUUGUAUAUUCUGAAGCACAAAAUUGUUUUAAAUAUUGUGAAUAACACUUUUGAACAUUUCUCCUUAAAUGCUCACAUACAUUGGCAUGACCCAGAUUUGUGUAACCCACUACUAGCAUGAAACAGUGAGUAGAAGUCUAGAUCAGAUUUCUUUUCUUCAAUAAUCAAACUCAAGUUGACUUAAAUAAAUAGUUCAGUAAUAGUAUACUAUCCUUAUUUGCUUUUUUGUCAAGAGUUAAAUGAGAUGACUGAUACCACUCUGUGCGCUAAAUGAGAAGCUAAUGCCAGCAGCCCGUUAUUUUAGCCUAGCAUAAAGACUGAGAGCAUGGGGAAGGAGAUAGCUUGUGUAGUUGAUUCACUUCAAUUUUGUUGCAUCUGUCCAAAAAUGGUAAAUAAACAUAGCACGUUAAUUAAUGAGCUUUAGAUAUGUUGGUAGGUGGAUUUUGUUACCAUUAGACAGAGCCAAGCUAGCUGUUUCCCCCUGUUUACAGUCUUUUUUGCUAUGCUAAACUAACCAUCUCCUAGCUGUAGCUUGAUAUUUAGCCAGCGUGGACACCCACUUUCAGGCCAGUUACACAAAAUCUUUAGAUUGAAGGUUUUUUUUGGGGGGGGGGGGUCGCUGCUAAAAUGCAAUGUCUAUAAUAUUUGCAGUAGUGGCAUUACUGUGCAUGUCCAUAGAUGUGUUAAGCUUAUAAUCAUAAAAUAAAAUAAAAACAUGAGUUGUAAUAAUGCAAACUGGAUUUAACUGUAGUAAAUUAUUGGAGCUGCCUCAUUGAACAGAUAGUCCAGUCAAAUUUCUGAGUACCUCAGGUUUAAUCAAAAAAUUCAGCUAGUAAAAUGUGUCUGCUAUUGUUAGGUUUGUCAUUAUGUAGACUAUAUUUAUGUUUUGGUGUUGUAUUAUUUUAUUUUGAGAUUUUCACUGCGCCACAUGCAGGUUUUUUGUUCCUCCAAUACAUCAUUUAAAAGGUCAGCCAAAUUCCAAAUGAUCUAUUCAUGCAGACAAUCUGAAUCGAUCUUCUCAUCUAACUCUCUGCAAGAAAUCAAAGUGUAUGAAUGUCAUAGUGUUUUUUCUCAUAUGAACUUGUUAUUACACGUGAUUACUAUAUGCACUGAGAUAACUCAACAUCAUAGACUACAGCCCACCUUUCAGGAUAGGCAUUUUAUUGCUCUUGUAAUUGUAAUGUAUGGUCUAUAUAUUUAUUUAUUCCACAUUCAUUAUUGUAUUAUGUCUUCUAUCAAUUACCAACAGUGCAAACAAGCAUGACUGAAACUGUAAACUAUAUCUGUCGACAAUAAACAAAAAAUC